AUGACAGAGCAUUUGUCGAGAUACUUCAAGCAUUGCCGUCGCAAAGCUCAGGAGUCGAUGAACGAGUACAUCACUCGGAAAGCCGAGGCAUAUCUCCGAGCCGAACAAGCUCUUCAGCGUGUGGUGGCGAGCCAGAAGAAGAAGGCAGGCGCCACCAAGGUAAGCGGCAACCAGGAGACCAGAGGCUGGUAUUACAGUCGCCGGAGCAGUGUGGACAGCACCAAUGAUGAGCAGGAAUCGCAGGGAGAUGGUGACCCUGCGGAGGCGACGACGGAUGAUGCCAGCUCCAGAGAUUCCUGGCAGGAUUGGCAAGGCCAGAGGGCCUCAUGGUCGUGGUCGUAUGGCUACAACGACUACUCCUACUACGGGGGAACGUGGUGGGACCGGUCGUGGCCCCAAGACUACUCUUAUUACUCCAGCUGGAACGCCGGGUACCAGGAGCCAGAGGGCCCCAAGGUGGAGCUCCUACCAUCCUUUGUUCAAGGGUGGUAUCUUCUGCAAGACGCGAACCUCGGCCAGACGGAGCGGAACAUGGUCCAGACUGCCUUGGGAGGCAUCUAUGAUGUGGACCGUGUGGCUCAGGAGCUGAGAAACCAGUGGAGUGAUCAUGAUGUGAAGAACCGAGACCAUGGGCGACAAACCGGAUUCCUCGGGGAGACGCUGAGCGACAGCGAGGAGCACGAGGAUGAUGGUACAGCAGCGGCGUGGAUGACGAGAUCCGAGCUGAAUGAGGAGGGCCAAGAAGCCCUCGAGGCGGCCGAAGUGGAGGCGCAGAGCGCCAUGGCGGCGAUCACGGCAGGGAAGCGAACUUUGAAGGAAGCCAGGUACCGGCAACACCAGGUGAAGCUGGGACGGCAAUACUACCGAGGUGGACCCCGGGGCAAUGGAGGUUCAGCCGGAAGCAGCUCCCACCGUGGCGGAGGAGGCGCCACCAACAAUGAUGCGAAUAUGACCUGUUUGAAGUGUGGAAAACUGGGGCAUCGGGCCGCGAACUGCAAGGACCCACCGAACAAGGCCUUGCAGGUGGACGAGAGUAAGAAUGAAGAGGCUCCCUUUGUGUGCUACAGCGAGGUGGAGGCCAUCGGCUACGCCAAUGUGGAGGCGAACCAGAGUGCCUUCAUGGGUACACCAACAAUGACAACAGCAGAAGCAGUUCGCGAAGGACAUGCCAUUCUUGAUGGCGGGGCUACUCGAACGUUAGCCUCGGUGUACGCCAUAGAAUGUUUGAUGAAGCAGAAUGCGGCACUCCAUGGUGAUGCGAGGGUGUCCAGCGUUGACCUUGAGAACACCCCCACCUUCGGCUUCGGCAAUUCCAGUUCGGACCGAUGCGUGAGCACAGUGAGCCUAGGACUGAAGGCUGACGGCAAAGAUGGAAAGCUCUCGAUCCACGCCCUCGACAAGGGCGAGGGACCGAUUUUGUUAUCUGUAGCGACUCUUCGGAAUUUAGGAGCGGUAUUGGAUUUUAGCAAUGAUCUGGUUGUCUUUCGUCAUUUGAACAAGAAGAAGAUCAUUCGCGUAGGAUGGACUGAGCAGACAGCCACCACGGAAUCCAUUCCUCAGAGUGACCUCUCGAAGUGUGAGGAGCUGCUGCGCAUGCUAGUCGAGAUCGGCGAGCACGUGCCCGAGAAUUGGACGAAGGCCCAAAUCCAACAUCGUCUGAUCGGGUGCUAUCAAGCUCGUGGACUCGAUGCCAAUGCUGCUCUCAAGAAGCAGAAAACACCGCUCCAGAUCAAGGUGACGCAGCUCAACGGAGCCGCCCGGAAGAAAGCCGACUUGGUCAAGUUGCUACAGGAGGAGUACAUGAUGGACAUCAACCCGUUGAUGACGGUGAAGCAGCUGGUGGGGAAGGGAUUGGACCACCUCUACGAGCACACGGCGUGCUCUCCCCACGAUCAGGUUUGCUUCGGGCGACAUGCACAGAUGCUGUAUCACGAGGUCAAGGAGAGCUACCCGCAGUACUGCGAUUGGGUGAUGAAGACCAGUCGCGAAGAAAAGGAAUGCAGCAUCCACCUACGACGGCUGGCUAUGUGGCUCGAGCAGGAGAAGAUGGACCCGAUCAAGAUCGAGCCCGGAAGCUCGAGUGGGGGCCUCAACGAGCCACCGCCGGAGGAGCCUCAAUCCUCAAAGGCUCUCGACCAGCAGCCCAAGGCCAAGGCGUCACCAAAGCGGUCCGGAUACAAGAAGACGGUGACCCAGUCAGCGCCGAGUGUGUCCAGCGAAACAUCCAUCAAGACGGAGGUGCUCCAGACCUUGGUCCAAACCGUGGCCGAGCUCAAGGAGGAGGUUGCGAACAUGCGCGAGGAACGCCCUCGCAAGAAGGAGGGUCGCAGCGAGUUCUCCGUGGUGAGCUCACAGGAUAAUCGUCGUCAGCUGAGUGUGAGUGUAGCUACCCAGCUGGAAGAGGCGGCCUGGAACCUAGAGACAGGCAGUCCUGAGGCGGCUGUUAGGUGUGCGGAGUGGAACGGUGAUCUGGAUCCGCACACCCAGCAGUCCUUUUUCGCGCAGCGAGUGUACAUUGGAGGCCUUUGUGUAGCAGAGGCAGCCAUCCAGCAGGGAGUUGACGGUAGGUUGCAGCGUAAGGGUUGGAAGUACCAGCACUCUAGCAAGGAACGAGAAGAAGCAACCUCGCAGCUAGAGUACACUCCCGAGUACGCAAAACGCGCCGUUCGGCUCCUGACUCAGGAGCUGAGCUACCAGGCUGUGCAACAAGAAUGCGCAGGCAAGUCGGGACUGCCCGAACAGUUUGGAAUGGGCACGACAGUUGCGAACUACGGAACAGUACUCUUACGAAACGUGCGAAGCAUUUCUUCUCGCGUUCCCAAGAAGUACCUCAACGCCGUUAUCCGGAGCAAAACAGGGGAGGGAGACCAUUGGUCCUCCUUCACCAUCAACCGCAACCAGCGUGGCAUGGGCCUCAGGGAUGGACUGGAGACCGAGUGCGCAUUCCGAAGUCAACUUGUUGCUGACUACUGUGACAAGCAUGGGAUCUUUUUAGACAUAGUUCCGGGAGAAGCGCACUGGAAGAUAGGGGCUUGCGAGAAUGCAAUUAAGGGACUCAAAGAGGUGAUGGCCAAGUUGUGUGCGUGUGACGCAGACAUCAGCUUGGAUGAGGCCCUUUCCACUGCCGUGCGCACAUUUAAUCAAAGAGAUAUCAUACGUGGUUUCAGUCCCGUGCAACAUGCGCUAGGAAGAAGUCCUGACGAAACCGGUAGAGUGUUGGAUACGCUUCAUGAGUUGCCGCCCGAGCUGCUUGUGGAAAACGCUUCGGGGGAGUUUGAGCGGGCUACAAAGCUCCGGUCAGAAGCCGAGCAGGCGCAUGCUCGGUGGCAGGCGCAACAGCGCUUGGUGAGGGCAGCAAACUCAAGACACAAGCCAAAGCUGGAUUUCUCUCCCGGUGAGCUGGUGUUCUUUUGGAGGACUCAAGAGUCGGGACAAUCUAAGAAGAGCCCCAGCUCUAAGAAAGGGCGGUUCUUGGGCCCAGCGCGUAUUUUGGCUGUGGAAACUGCACGAGAGGCAGACGGGACACUUAAGCCAGGGAGUUCAGUGUGGUUGGUCCGAGGCCGCAACCUCCUCAAGUGUUGCCCGGAGCAGCUACGUCGUGCCUCACCUCGCGAGGAACUCCUGGAGACAUUGGCCGAGGACAAGCAAGCUCCAUGGAGCUUCACUAAGGUGGCCGAGGAAAUAGGCGGCAACCAGUAUCAGGACAUCUCAGGAGAAAAGCCUGAGGUCGAAGAGUGGCAUCGAGCCCAGGAUGUGGAAUGCGAGGCUCCUCCACGACGGGUCCGAUUGACCCGCAAGAGGCCGGGCCCCGCUGAGGAACCCGAACUUAUGGAGACCGAGGAGGAGGUGCGCGAGCCAGCGACCAGCUCUCGUCGUGUGCAGGCAGCUCAUGUGAGCCAGGAGGCAGCCUGUAUGGGACCCGAGAACUUUCCUAAGGCGGCUCCUUGGUGGGACGAGGUACCUCACGAAGCGUGGAUGGCUCAGGACGUGAGUUACUGGACAGAUGAGACAGCGGCAGUGUCCAUAGAGAUUGAUAUGCCCGACAGCAAGAGAGGACAGGCACAGAUGUUGAAUAACAUGUCCAGUUAUUUCGUUGGGGCCAUGAAGCGUCGUGCCGUGGAAGUUUGUGAGAAACGAUUGAAUCCUGAAGAAAAGGCCCAGUUCCGUGAAGCCAAGGGAGUUGAAGUUCGUAACUUUGUUGCGGCUAAGGCGUUUGAAUGUAUCCCGGAACACCUUCAGCCCUCGCGGGAGCAAGCAAUAGGCAUGCGAUGGAUACUCACGUGGAAACUCAAGGACACCGGGGAACGGAAAGCGAAAGCACGUGCCGUUCUUUUAGGAUACCAAGACCCUUCGUAUGAACACCGCGCAACGACCGCUCCUGUCAUGACUCGGCAAACGCGCCAGUUUCAACUUCAAAUCACGGCCAAUCGACGAUGGCGCAUACAAAAAGGGGAUGUGUCUGGCGCAUUCCUCCAAGGACGGGAGUACAAAGACACUUUAUACUGCACACCCACUCCGGAAAUCUGCGAAGCUAUGAACAUUCCGGUAGGAAGCAUUACACGGUUGAAGCGGGCAUGCUACGGGCUUGUGGAUGCACCCCUUGAGUGGUACAGGACUGUCUCAGAGUUUCUGGAAGGACUGGGUAUGGAGCGUCUUUGGUCGGAUUCUUGUGCUUGGGUGUGGCGCAAAGAUGGCCAGCUUAGAGGAAUGAUAUCGGGGCAUGUUGAUGAUUUCCUGUUCAGUGGUGACGCUGAAGAUGUUGAGUGGCAGAAAAUGAUUCAGGCCAUACAGCAACGCUUCAAGUGGAGUGAUUGGGAGAACGACACUUUUGUACAAUGUGGUGUGCAAGUGACUAAGGUCUCAGAUGGCUUUGAGUUGUCCCAACCACACUAUUUGGAAGGUUUGCAUGAGAUUGGACUGAGCUCUUCGCGCCGAAAGGACAAGGAAGCACCCGUCACAGAACGGGAGCGAUCGCAACUUCGGACGUUGCUCGGAGGACUCAGCUGGCAUGCUCAGCAGGUGGCGCCACAUGUUUCAGCUGAAGUGGGACUCUUGUUAUCUGAAGUGAGUAAAGGUACUGUGAGUACUGUGCUGCGAGCUAAUUUACUGUUGCACCACACGAAAGCCAGAGGGGAACACAAGCUGAAGAUUCAUGCGUUUGAUACACAUGUGACUUUGGCCUUAUAUGCUUGGGUGGAUGCGUCUGAUGGGAACCGUCCCGACGGAGGAAGCACCCAAGGGAUCUUCAUAGGCAUAGGACCGGAGGCGUUGUUCCAUGGUGAGAUGGGUGCCAUUUCACCCAUUAGCUGGCACAGCACUAAGAUUGACAGGACGUGCAGGAGCCCGGGAGCAGCUGAGGUACAAGCCGCCAUUAACGGUGAGGAUCAGCUGUACUACGCGCGGUACCAGUGGAGUGAGAUCUUGUACGGUGGGAUUGACGUGCGGAAUCCAGAUGCCGCAGUACUACGAAUUCAGGGAGGACUUGUUACAGAUUCGAGGAACGUCUUUGAUAAGCUUCAAACCGAGGUCCUGGUGAUCAAGGGAGCAGAAAAGAAGAGCAAUAUUGAGCUACUGGGAUUAAAGGAAGCUCAAGCGAGGACGCAGGUGCACAUUCGCUGGGUUCAUUCGGAAGCCCAGCUGGCGAACGCUCUGACCAAGAGCGGCCCCAACCGAGAGCUGGAGCUGUAUUAUCGGAUGCGUUACAGCUGGCGUAUUGUGGAGGAUCCAGAGAUGCAGUCUGCUAGGAAACGGAAAUCCAAAGGUGUGCUACCGCUGGAAAAUCCUAGAAGUGCUACUGGUGAGUUAUGA